AUGCCGAGCCACAUUCUGCAUGCGUUACAAGAGUGCGGCUUCGUAGUAAAAGAGUGCGGUUCUUCACAGAGACACAUUCCACCACAUAUUCACAGCAUGGCUCGCUGUCUGUGUCUUUGUGCAGUGUGGGUGGCUGUAAUCUUGGGGUUGGGGGUCCACUGUGAUGACACAGCAUCCCUAUGUGGGGCGUAUGCACCUGGAGACAUUAUCCUUGGCAUUCUGGGAUCAGUACAUUCCACAGUUAUUGACCUUGAAACAAGGAUUCGUCCAGAUAAAUAUACCUGCACAGACUUUGAUCUUAUUCCAUUUGUAGAGUCUCUAGCUGUAAUUCACACCAUUGAAACGAUCAAUGACUCUGGAUUUCUUCCUGGGAUUCAGCUUGGAUAUCAGAUGUGUGAUCCAUGUGCAUACGGCACCAAAGCCUUACAGUGUGUGGAGCACAUGCUUUCUAUUAACAAUUCGUUUCCCGUCCUUGCUGACAACUCCAACUUUACUUCAUCUGUGAAGGUGUUCUUUGGAGAAAGAUACUCUGAAUUGUCUAUUCCUGUGGCCAAGUUCCUCAGUCUCUACAUGAUUCCUCAGAUUAGCUGCACCUCUUCUUCACCAACAUUGAGUGACAAAUCACGCUGUGCAUCCUUUGUCCGUGUUAUUCCAAGUGAUGUGUACCAGACAAAGGCCCUGGCAAAGCUCAUGAAGCACUUUAACUGGGACUGGGUUGGAGUGGUGUCCCUUGAUGAUGACUAUGGAAAGCCUGCCUUAGAGAAUUUUCUGCAGGAUUCAAAAGAAGAACAUGUGUGUGUAGCUUUCCAGGAAGUGCUACCAAACUACCUGGGCUUCAAAGAUACGCAGCAACGCAUCGAGCUAGUGGCUGCUACUAUUCGAAACUCCACUGCCAAAGUUGUGCUGCUCAUUUUGAGAGCAGAACAUGUGGAGAUGCUCUUUCAAGAGCUAAUUAAGACAAAUACUACUCGAGUCUGGAUCGCCAGUGAUGCCUGGUCUACGACACGCUUUGUAAUGAAGAUUAAGGACAUAAACAAGGUUGGAGAAAUAUUUGGCUUUACCUUCCUCACAGGGAAGAUUCCGGGUUUUGAAGACUAUCUCAAGAAUCUGACAGUAAAACAAGGAGUGAGAAAUGAUUUCAUCAGGGAGUACAAACAAAUGAGGUUCAACUGCAGCCAUGGUCAGCAGUCUGAGCACGCGUCCCCUUUCGCCUGUAGUGUGCCAGACCCCCAGGCAGCGAACGAUGACUACCUGCUCCAUGCAGUAGACCUGACAGAAGCCUAUAGUCAGAGAGUGGCAGUAUAUGCCAUAGCGAAUGCCAUCAAGAAACUUCUUAAAUGCAGUGAUACUGCGUGUUCUGGAGAUGCAGACUUCAUGCCGUGGCAGCUUGUGGAGAUUCUUCAUGAGAUGAACUUCACCUUGGACAAGCAGAUGUUUUCCUUUGACAAGUUGGGUGAUUUUAGGAAUGGUUAUGAUUUGAUUAGGUGGACAAUGAGUGGUGAUGAAAGAGUACCUGAGGUGGUGGGAAAAUUCCUCAUAAAGAAUGGAGACAUUGAGGUCUAUAGUGACAAAAUCCCAUGGACCAACACUACGGUCCCUGUGUCCAGAUGUUCAGAGCCAUGUCCCGUGGGCACAGAGAAGAAGAUAUCUAGGAUCUCCUGUUGCUAUAACUGUACUAAGUGUAGUGAGGGAUUCUUUUCUAAUGUGACGGAUCAACCUUCUUGUCACCCAUGUCCAGAAGGCUUUUGGUCUCUUCCAGGGUCGAGGGAAUGUCAGAAAUGGAGUAUCUGGUUUUUGGAGUGGUCUGCAGCUUAUUCCAUUGUAGUGAUGAUUGGAACAGUAAUAGGUGCUCUACUGCUGGUGUUCUCAUUCAUCUUUUACAUCCUACACAGAGAAAAACCCAUCAUAAAGGGCAUCUUAGUCAUUUCAUGUCUGAUGAAAUUUGGCCUGAUGGUGAGUUUUGGAGGUGUAAUACUUUUCUUAGGCAGCCCAAACAUCCAUGUUUGCAGAGCACAACAGACCAUGUAUGGUCUUGGGUUCACUCUCUGUGUGUCCUGCAUUCUGGUUAAGGCCCUUCACAUAUUCUUAGAGUUAAUGUCCUGUAAUCCUACAAAGCAGCGUGAACUAAGAAAGUUUGAUAAGCCCUUUGUCAUCAUAGGAAUCCUCACUGCUAUUCAAGCUCUCAUCUGCAUCUUCUGGAUGGUAUUUGAUCCUGUUGAUGUUGAGGAGAAACAAUCAAAAACUCAGUUACUUACCCUGAACCGUCUGUGCACUCAGGGCUUUAUGUAUGGCUUUGGUGCGAUGCAUGUCUACAUUGCUUUACUAGCUGUGGUGUGUUUUGGAUUGGCCUUCAAGGGGAGAGAUGACAAGACUGAUCCUAUAGUCUUCAGCAUGCUCAUCCAUCUGUUUGCCUGGCUUUGCUUUAUUCCAAUCUUUAUCACUCAAUAUGAGUCACGCCCCAUCGUCCAGAUCUCUGGCAUUAUGGUCUCCAACUAUGGAGUCAUCUUCUGCCACUUUGCCCCAAAAUGGUUUAAGAUCCUCUCAGAAAGAUCUGAAAUAUUGAAGGCAGGUAAAGCCCCAGUUGCUUCUCUCACAAAUGAUUCAGACUCUGGAGUAAUUUCUAACUUCACAAGUGGCUUAAGAGAGUCAACGCACAGCAUUCCACAGAGCCGAUUCAGCUUUGCAGAGUCAGACCCAUCCAACUGGGAUAUUAGCAGCCUGUAUCCGUCAGAAGUCAGUGCCGCCUCAUUUAGACAUCGUAGACAAAGAAGUCAGAGAUCAAGGAGGAGUCUAUAACCCUAUAUAAUUUGUUUAUCUGGUGAACAUCUGUAAGAAAAUUCUUACAGGACUUGGCAGUGAUAAAUUUACAACUGGAUAAGCAAAUUUAUAUUAGGUUGUAUUUUCAACAAACCCAGAUGUUUGCAUCACACAUGACCAUAUUUUUCUGCCCAAUUUAAUCGUCUCCAAAUCCACCCAGUAGUUACGGCUCCUCCAACCACAUGAUGCCAUCAACAUUAGGAGGGUGAAGGCUGGCACAGGUUUCCUCCAAGACCUGUGAAACCAGCCACUGCUUCUUUUUGAACUGCC